AUGGAAAAGUACGAUGCAAUUAUUAUCGGGUUUGGCAAAGGUGGUAAAACGCUCGCACCAUUUUUCGCUAAGCAAGGUCUAAAAGUUGCAAUGAUUGAAGAAUCAAAACAGAUGUAUGGAGGUACUUGUAUUAAUAUUGGUUGUAUUCCAUCAAAAUCACUUGAAUACUAUGCUAAAAAAUCAAAACAACAAAAAUUUCAAACAUAUGAGGAACAAGAUCGUUUUUUUCAAGAAUCAAUUGGAAAAAAAGAUGCAUUAACGGCAAAAUUACGCACUAAAAAUUAUGAUAAUUUAAAUACACAGAAGAAUAUAAAAAUUUAUAAUGGUCAUGCAUCAUUUGUAUCCAAAAAUUUAAUUGAAAUUGAUAGUGAAAAUGGUAGAGUAACAGAACGAAUACAAGGUGAUAAGAUCUUUAUUAAUACUGGUGCACUACCUUUAAUUCCAUCAAAUAUUUGUGGUAUUAAAGAAAGUAAAUGUAUUUAUACUAGUAAAACAAUAAUGGAAUUAAAAAAGUUACCCAAAACACUGGUUAUCAUUGGUGCUGGCUAUAUUGGAUUAGAAUUUGCAUCAAUAUUUUCAGAUUUUGGUAGUAAAGUAACGUUGUUUGAAGCAAGUAAUACAUUUUUAUCACGUGAAGAUGAAGAUAUAUCAAAGGCUAUUUAUGAUAUAUUUAUAAAAAAAGGUAUAAAUAUUAUAAUGAAUGCUAAAACACAAAGUAUUGAGGAUAAUAGGACGGUGUGUGGUCGUAGUACUGGAGGAGCUAAAGUAACGUAUACAAAUAGUCAAAAGGAAAGUAUUACAAUACAAGCAGAUGCCAUUCUAGUUGCCGUUGGACGUUCUCCAAAUGUAUGUAGUUUAGGAUUAGAAAAUGCUGGUGUUAAAGUAACAAAGCCAAAAAAUUAUAUACAAGUUAAUGAAAAAUUAGAAACGACAACAAGAAAUAUUUGGGCUCUUGGUGAUGUAAAUGGUGGCCCACAACAUACUUACAUAUCAUUGGAUGAUUAUCGAAUUAUAAGGGAUCAAUUAACACUUACUGAUGGAUCUACUGCAAAGAAGCAACAACCAAUAACAACAGCAAAUCGUAGAUAUGUUCCAUAUACAGUUUAUAUGGAUCCAGAAUUAUCACGUGUUGGUUUAACAGAAAAAGAAGCCAUAAGUUCAGGUUAUAAAAUAAAAAUAUUUAAAAAGCCAACAAUGAGUGUGCCACGAGCACAUCAGUUAGAAGAAUUAGAUGGUCUUUUGAAAGUUAUUAUUGAUACACAGACAAAUUUAAUAUUAGGUGCAGCUUUAUAUUGUGUUUAUUCAAGUGAAGUUAUUAAUAUUAUCCGUCUAGCUAUGGUUACAAAUCAAGAAUAUACAGUCUUAAGAGAUAGUAUUUACACACAUCCAACAAUGGCUGAAAUGCUAAACGAUCUAUUAUCUGAUUAG